AUGAAGCAGUUUGUGAGUUCUGAUUUAGGGAGCUACAUAGUCAAUGUGACCAGAGCCGCUGAGGUGUUCAGACUUCAUGUCUGCAGGAAUAAUGGGAGAUGCAUAAGGAAGGUAUGGAAAAUGCCUGAUUACCUUCACCUGAACCCUGCGAGUUACCACAUAGAGGCCUCCAAGGAUGGAGAAUUUAUUGUGAAAGGCAGAGCAUCUGAUAUAGACCUGGCAGUGCUGGCGGAGAGAUUCUCCUGUCAUUGUUAUCAGGGAUACCAAGGGGCUGACUGCAGAGAAAUGAAGACGGCUGAUGGCUGCUCUGGGCCUUUCUCUUUCUCGGGCUCACUACUCACACUGCGUCUGCUGGUUUCCACAAGUUAUCAGAGCCGUGAAAAUUAUCGGGCACUCCUGUUCACCUCUGUUCUUGGUGGAGACAGAGAACAGUUCCUGCUGUGCUCAUCUACAAGGAGUAAUUCCUUUUAUGGAAAUGGGGAUAAGUGGAUAAUUUGCUACGUGGGAAUGCUAAGGCACCAGUAUAUCUCUUUUAGGAACUUUGUUGGGUCCAAUGGAGCACCCCAGGCAGUGUUCACCUUCCUUCUGGUUCCAUGUUGUUUGGCUUUGAACUUUACAGCACCCCCUCUCAUUCCAAAUAUUCCUUUCCUGUGGGCCUGGAAUGCCCCAACUAACUGUUGUGCUAAAAUAUUUGACAUGCCUCCAGAUCUGAGCCUCUUCUCCUUAGUAGGAAACCCCCAAAAAGAUGUUACAGGACAACCUAUUACAUUAUUUUAUGCUGAUAGGCUUGGCUACUAUCCUAACAUAAAUGAAAGAACAGGUGUCCAUAAGAAUGGUGGACUCCCUCAGGUGGGUUUCUUAAAAAAACAUUUGGACAAAGCUGAAAAAGACAUUGCCUAUUACAUGCCAAUCGACAACGUGGGCUUGGCGGUCAUUGACUGGGAAAAUUGGAGGCCUACCUGGGAAAGAAACUGGAAACCUAAAGAUGUUUACAAGAAGGAGUCUAUUGAGUUGGUUCUGCAGCAAAAUUUACACCUUACUUUGGAAGCGGCUACCAAGAGAGCGAAAGCGGAUUUUGAAAAGGCAGCAAAGAGCUUCAUGCAAGACACUUUAAAAUUGGGAAAGUUUCUUCGGCCAAAGCGCUUAUGGGGUUAUUAUCUUUUUCCUGAUUGUUACAAUCAUCAUUAUAACCAAACUAGUUACAAUGGAAGUUGCUUUGAUGAAGAGAAAAGAAGAAAUGAUGCACUCGAUUGGUUGUGGAAGGAAAGCACUGCCCUUUACCCCUCUGUUUAUUUGAAUACCAAGAUAAAAUCUCCACAAGCUGGCCUCUUUGUUCGUAAUCGUGUUCAGGAAGCCAUUCGAUUGUCUAAAAUUGCCAAUGUUACAAGUCCACUUCCGGUUUUUGUAUACACCCGUCCAGUUUUUAGUGAUAUGUCUUCGAAAUUCCUUUCUCAGGAUGACCUUGUGAAUACAAUUGGUGAGAGCAUUGCUCUAGGUGCUUCUGGAAUUAUAAUGUGGGGAAGCUUCAACUUAAGCCUAACUAAGCAAUCUUGCAUGAACCUAAGCAAUUACUUGAAUACUAUACUGAAUCCUUAUAUAAUCAACGUCACUCUAGCAGCCAAAAUGUGUAGCCAAGUGUUGUGCCAUGAGGAAGGAGUAUGUACAAGGAAACACUGGAAUUCAACCGACUAUCUUCACUUGAACCCAAAGAAUUUUGCUAUUCAAAGACAGAAAUGUGGAAAAUACACCAUACAUGGGAAACCCACACUUGAAGACCUGCUACAAUUUUCUGAAAGUUUUUAUUGCAGUUGUUAUGCCAACAUCCACUGUAAAGAAAGAGAUAUAAAAAACAUUCGUACUAUUAAUGUAUGUUUUGCUGAAGAUAUUUGUAUAAAAGCUUCUCUAAACUCAGACCACAGUGAGCACUCUUCUAGCCAGAAAGAGAUAUCUUCUACCACUUUUAGCACUGUCUCAUCCUCCACACCGACUGCCAAAGUGUCUGCAUAUGUUCCUGGGAAAGAUCAUGUGUCCCUCAAAAUCAGGCUUUCAGGGGGAGCCCUCUCCAACACCAUCCGAAGAGGCCAUAAGAGUGUUGACUGGAAAAAUAUAUUCCGUCAGUUAUACAUUCAAAACAUUAAAAAUGAAACAAACUAUUAAAAUAUAAAUUCAGUGAUUAUUAGGUUUCCUAUCUGCAUGUUUUAUGUUUUGAUUUUUUUUACAUUAUAAUAGUUUAUAACUUCAAUGACUUUUUAGGCAAAUGAUGAUACCUAUAUAUUUGAAAUUUUACAUUUGAAAUGUGAAUCAAAACUCAUGGCCAAGAUAGUAUUUUAAUUUUUUGAGCAAAGAUUGCAUUUUCAUGAUCAAAUUUAAUUUGAAGUUAGUAUUGAUUGAUAAACAAAGAAUUGUGAUCAGCACCUUUAAUAUUUAAAAUCAUAGGGCAGUGUUAUUACUAAAUCCAUUGAUGCUACAUUUUACUUUUGAAAGUCAAAGUAUACUUUUGAUAAUUAAGAUAGCAUAGAAUUUACUUUGUAAGAUGAUACCCAUUUUUUAAAAUUAUGGCAAAUAUUUCGCAUAGUGUGAUUAAUACAUACUGAGAGAUGCCUGUUAUAUUCUUGGUUCUAUCAGAGACUGAUUAUAAGGCCUAUGAUACUUAGAGAUACUAUGUUCUUCUGCAAAAAGUAAAAGUUUGAAUAAUGUCAAUUUACUGCAACUGCAUGUCUUUAUGGGUAAUUUUCAAUAAAAAUAUCAAAAAUA